AUGAAACCUUUUUACAUGGAGGUGGCGGCCGUGUGCGCGCGCCUCAUUAUUCCACUUGGCACUUGUUACGUGUGGGUUAGCCGCUGGUGUAGUGCCCCACAGCUGACACUCCACCGCGGGGCGCGCCGAGCUGCACUGGGAAACCCGCAGGUCGCCUACCGCGGCGGGCGGGGGCUAAUUAGAUUACUGUGGAGCAACUGCUGCCUUCCUGCGCUGAAUGCACGACUGCCUUACGACAAAACCCUCCCUUUCCGACUCCGCAGCGGCUCUCUCCCUCACCGGCUGCUGUCACUGUGCCCGCCCCCUCCCCGCUCCUCCCUGGACUCUCCGAGGCGAGGGGACGCUGGAGCAGAGCCGGUUUACAGUUACACCGCGUCUACUGCGCUUACCCUGCACUUCAAGACGUGCACCGGAGCCCUGGAUGCAGUGGGAGGUGAGGUGCUGAAGAUGGUCCAAAUGCACUUAAUGGGGCCACAGUGUUGGGGCCGGGUCAAAUGCCAGAGAAUAAUUGGAGCGGGAGUUCUCUAUGUACUACUGCUACUAUUGCUGUCCACCUGCCUGGGACAAGACUCAGAAGAUUGGCAAUAUGAGGAAUGCAAACUUGCCCGAUCCGGCCCUCCAGCUACUAUUGUUGCCAUAGACGAGGAGAGUCCCAAUGGUACUAUACUGGUGGAAAACAUGAGAAUCAACGGAAUAGCCGACGGCCCCAAUCGCACCAUCUCCCUCUCCCUACGGGACAACUACGACUACUGGGUGCUCCUCGACCCCGCCAAGCAAGCCCUGUACCUCAACAGCACCGGACGCCUCUUGGAUCGAGACCCACCAUUGCUAAUCCACUCCAUCGUUGUUCAAGUCCAGUGCUACAACAUGCUAAUCGGAACUGUGAUUCUUCAUGAAGUUCGGAUUGUGGUACGAGAUAAGAAUGACAACGCUCCAGUUUUUCAAAAGCCGAGAUACUACAAGGCCAUCAGCGAGCUGACACCAGUAGGAACCACUGUUUUCUCAGAUUUCUGGGGAAGCAAUGGAGCAACGGACAUUGACGAUGGGCCGAACGGACAGAUAGAGUACACCAUUCAGUACAACAAGUCUGACCCAGUAAGUGGCAUGACUUUUGACAUCCCUCUCACUCUGUUUGGAUCUGUGGUGCUUCGAGAGAGACUCAACUAUGAAGAGGUCACACGCUACUUAAUCGUCAUACAGGCCAACGACCGUGCUGCCAACCUGAGCGAGCGGCGGACCACCACCACCACACUGACCGUAGAUGUUCUGGACGGAGACGACCUGGGCCCCAAGUUCUUACCGUGUACCCCUGUAGGCCGCACCAGGGACUGCAGCCCCAUCACGUACAAGGCCACAGUGCUGGAGCUCACCGAACCUAGUAAGGUGAAUCCACUGAAUGUGACUCCACCAAUACAAGCCGUGGACCAAGACGAAAACAUUCAGCCGCCCUCCGACAGACCUGGUAUCCUCUACUCCAUCCUGCUCGGAAAACCAGACUCGUAUGCACAAUAUUUCAGUCUGAACAGAACCACGGCGGAGCUGCUGUUACUGAAGCCCAUUGACAGGGAGCUGUACCACAAAUUUGAUCUUGUUAUAAAGGCAGAGCAGGACAACGGACACCCCCUGCCAGCUUUUGCCAACCUCCAAAUCGAAAUCCUGGACGAAAACAACCAGGCUCCUUACUUCCUGGAAACGAGUUACCAUGGUUACGUCAGUGAGGCGUCGCCGGUGGGGACGACCAUAGCGAACAACGCAAGCCUGUCUGCACCGCUCGCCGUCAUAGCGCUGGACAAUGACGUGGAAGAGACCAAGGACCCUCAGCUGCACUUCUCACUGGACACUUACUCGAGCAUUUUCGCCGUGACUCCGGCUGGAAUCAGACGUCAUCUAAUCCUGGUGCAGCCCCUGGACAGAGAGACCCAGGACACCUACACAUUCACACUCCUGGCUUCAGACGGCGUCCAGCAGAGUGUACCCGUUACCGUGACAAUAACCGUGCUGGAUGCCAACGACAACACCCCAACCUUCGGCAAUGUGUCGUAUAAUGUGAACCUGUUUACGGAUAUGAGGCCCGGAGAGACUGUGAUCCAGCUUUCAGCCAUCGACUCAGAUGCAGGACCCAAUGGUCUGAUUACAUAUCGGAUCUUAGCUGGGGACCAUGGACAGUUUAUCAUCAACAACAGUUCAGGGGUCAUCACCGUGGCGCCUGGUGUGGAGCUGUCGGUGGGCCGCAGCUACGCUCUGACAGUGGAAGCCAUGGACAAUGGACCAGAACCCCAAAGACGGUCGUCCAUUACUACAGUCUAUAUUGAAGUUUUCCCACCAAACAACCAAAGCCCGCCUCGCUUUCCAAGGCAGCAGUACAGCUUGGAGAUCAGCGAGGCCAUGAGGACAGGAGCCACUCUGCUUAAUCUACAGGCUGUCGAUCGUGAGCGAGAUCCAAUAGCUUAUGAAAUUACCAGCGGAGAUCCCCAUGGGCAUUUCCAACUCCAGCACAAAACGGGCUCUCUGGUGCUGGACAAGGCUCUGGACAGAGAGACAGUGGAUUACUACACUCUGGUGGUCACAGCCUCAGAUGGGUGGCCAGAUGGGACAUCCACGGCCACGGUGAAGAUUGUAGUUACAGACGUGAAUGACAAUGACCCCCUCUUUGACUUGUCUCUGCCCGUCAACCUGACUGUCAUCGAGCAGCUGGACCACGCCUACGUUGGACAAGUCAGGGCCACAGACCCGGACUUGGGUGAGAGCGGUCAGGUCCAUUAUCGCCUCGUCAACCACCAGAGACUGUUUUCCAUCAACGCCACGGGAGCCAUCUCCACGGCAGCGCCACUGGACAGAGAGGAGAGAGGACACUACUUCCUGAUCGUGGAGGCAUCGGACAGUGCGGUGGACCCCCGUAGAUCCAGACUGACCCUCUUCAUCAAGGUGCUGGACGUGGAUGACAACAGCCCAGUUUUCACCCAGCAGCAGUACCGUGUGGAGCUGCCCGAGAACAGUCCCAAAGACACCGUCAUCCUGGAGCUGAAGGCGAUAGAUGCAGACUUGUACUCUAACCUGACAUAUCGGAUCCGAGCGGAGGGGUCAGACCGAGGGGUGGAGCAGCUCUUCAGAGUGGACCCUCACACUGGAGAGUUGAGUGUGCUUCGAGUGCUGGACUAUGAGGAACUGUCCGUGUCCACGUAUUCCUUCAUAGUGGAGGCUCUAGACUCCAACGGGACCAUGCCUCCUGGACUGGCCUCGGUCACUGUCACUAUCAUGGACAUGAACGACUUCUCCCCAGUCUUCAGUCAGGAGGUGUACCGAGGCAUGGUGGCCCCCAACGCCCUCAAGGGGACCCUGGUUACCACGGUGACGGCCAACGAUUCGGACCCUGUGGGGACUCCAGCAGGGUUUAUUCGCUACAGAGUUGACCAUGAGGCUUACCCAUACUCUGCCAGUAUUUUUGAGGUGGAUGAAAACAAGGGACAAGUACUGACCAGAGUGAACUUAAAUGAAGAACCCAACUUCAAAUUCAGUUUGGUGGUGGUUGCCUAUGACGACGGCGUUCCUAUUAAGAAGAGCUCAGCGCUGGUGGAGAUCACUGUAUUACAGCCUUCAGUCAUCCCAGUCUUCACUCAGGAAGAAUACAGGUUUGCCCCGGUGAGCGAGGAGGCUGCUGUCGGGACCCCCGUGGGAAACAUCGUGGCGUCCGCUGUCAAUCAAACCAUCGUCUACUCCAUCAUCGAAGGCAACGAGCUGGGUAUGUUUUCACUGAACGAGUCAACAGGACUGAUCUCCACGGCCAAACUCUUGGACUAUGAGACCAAUUCCAGCUACGUGCUCAAAGUGGAAGCCGAUUCCAUGGGAGUGGUGCUGUCCAACUUCAGAGCUCCCUCUAAAUCGAAUACCGCCAAAGUGAUGAUUGAUGUGAGGGAUGAGAAUGACCAUGCUCCAGUUUUCACCAGAUCCCUUUAUGUCGCCGGGGUAACUGAAGACGCUAAAACCUUCACCUCUGUGCUGCAAGUGCAGGCCCUGGAUGAAGACACUGGUAACUACAGUUCUAUGAUGUAUCGGUUAAUAAUGCCGCCACCGACGACUAAAGACGCGAGUAAGGAUGGUUUUGUCAUUGACGCGUUCAGCGGUGUGGUCAAGACCGCCAUCAUGUACCGCAACAUGAGAAGAUCCUACUUCAAGUUUGAAGUCGUUGCCACAGACAACUACGGGCUUGGGCACAGCAGCAAGGCAGACAUUGUGGUGUCCGUGGUAAACCAGCUGGACAUGCAGGUGGUCGUAUUAAAUGUCCCUCCAACUGUUGUGGAGAAAAACAAAGAUCGACUACUCAGUAUAUUGGAACGCCAUGUCCAGGACCAGAUCCCUGGGGCUAAAGUUAUUGUUGAAACAAUUGGACCUCAUCGCUAUGGCGACGGGAUGGAUCUUGAAGACUACACCAAAUCGGACUUAAUGAUUUAUGCCAUAGACCCGCUUACAAACAGAGCCAUAGCACGACAAGAACUAUUCAAGUUUCUGGAUGGCAAACUGUUGGAUAUAAAUAAAGAGUUCCAGCCCUUUAUGCCCCCUGGUGGUCGUAUCCUGGAGAUCCGGACUCCGGAGGUGGUGAGCGGAGUGAAGAAGGCCGUGCAGACUGUAGGCUACACUGAGGGGGCUCUGCUGGCGCUGGCUGUUAUCAUUAUUAUCUGCUGUGUUCCUGCUAUUCUCAUCGUAGUGGUCACGUACAAACAAUUCAAAGAGCGCCAGGAGGAGUGUGCCAAAACGGCCCGUAUCCAGAUGUCUCUUCCAAGCGGGAAACCUGGGGGAGGCAUGGCCAACAACCUGUACGAGGAGCUGGGAGACAACGCCAUGCGUAUAGGCUUAUAUGGCCAACAUGAGACUCAACAGCUCCUGCGCCCCUCUCUGCUCAGACCUGAGGAGUUGUCCAUGGAGUCGGGCAUCGAUCCAGGACAGGACUACUACACACAGGAUUACUACAACUACGACCACGGGUAUGAGCUCCCUCAGUAUGGCAGCAGGAGGAAGCUGAUCUCUCCGACCGGGCCCUACGAUGAGUACGGAGAGGUGAUCGUGGACGAGGAUGGCAGUUACUACUACAGCACCCAGGAGUCCGAUGGCGAGCAGGGGAGGGGAAAGCGUCGGAUCAAAUUGGUGUUAGAUCGAGAAUACGAGACCAGCUCUACCGGAGACGACACGUUGCCAGGGACGCAACAAACCCGAGUAACUCUGAACAGCAACACCAACGUCAACGGCAGCAUCUACGUGGCCCAGAAUGGAUCUAUAAUUCGAACCAGACGCACAACUAAUACUACAAACACGCAGUCAACUAAUAAUAACCUUAAACUUCCAAUCUCCCCGGUCUUCAGCUCGCGGCUAGCCAAGCACUUUAAAAAAUUAGAUAAAAUGGCCGCCACGCUGGAGGAGAGGAUCCCGAUAAACACCCAGAGAACAGCGGCGGAUGGAGGGUGCACCAUUUUGCGCACCUUUCAAAGCGCAGGUAAAGCUUCUACGUUGGCCACUUCCUCCUUCUCCAACACGGACAAGACUCUGAAUGCGCUCAACACUCGAAAUUCAAGUGUGUCCUUAGUCUCAACAAGCACCAGCAACACUGGCCCCGAAUCGGCCGCGUCCAAAUCCAACCUGCUGAAGGCCGCACAGGGCUCACAGGUACAGACUGAGGAGAGGAGGGAGGAGGGGAAGGAGGGGGAGAGGGAGUCGCAGGUGGAUGGGGGUAACACCAGUGAUGAAGGGGGUCUGGUGAUGGAGUGUCCCUCUGAUCGGACACAGACGGACGAGGAGGAGCUGUGGAUGGGACCAUGGAACAGCCUGCACAUCCCCAUGACCAAACUCUGACUCACUGUGCUCCAGUCACUGUAAGGACUACUAGAGGUCAUAUCAUCACGGCACCACUGCUAACAAGAGGGACGCAAAGAAUCGGAUGGUCCUCAGCUAAAAGGCCAAUUAGCAUUAAGCUAGCCAAAGAGUUUGAUGAGGAUUUUCCACAAGUCCAUAGUGACUUUUGUCUAAUCAGUUUUUUUUGUUUUGUUUUUUUUCCAGUGUCUAAUGACCAGGACAGCAACUCUUUGCUUUUCAUUUCUAAAGAAUAUUUUAAAGGAUUGUUUACUUGCUAUCAUAUUAUGGAAUUUAUUUAAAUCCCAUUUUAUCACUAAGCUAAACAAUAAGUAGCCUAAUGCAAACCACUCCCCCAUGUGAAAUAUGCUUUCUAUUUACAAAACAAAGGCUCUAUUUUAUUUUUCUGAUCAUCUUUGGGCAACUAGGCACACUAUAUUUGCUAUAAAGUAUUUGUACUUUGUAUGGAAUUACUGGAAAAUGAGAAGAAAGUAUAUGAGGAUUUUCUA